AUGUACUUCUACAGUUUGCUGUGUCUGCUGGCCACUCACCUUGGCUUCAGAGUGGCCGUCGCCACAACCAGCCAGUGGCAGAGCAUCUGGCAACUGCUGCGGCCCGACAAGUGGGAGGCUGAGAGGGUGUCGGAGGCCUGCAAGUGGAAGAACAGGAGGCUGAAGCGGGGCAAAGAAGGCGCUCCAACUGAAAUUGAACAGUACUGCCUGCAAAGAGAGAAGGAGUUCAAGGCUAAAGAAGCUGUACUUCGGUGUGGGGACAGAGAUGCAGGAGAAGAUGACCAUCCUCAGACCUACUUCCAGCCGAACAGCGAUGAAAUCCUGGGUACUGUCUCGGCCUUCGUCUGUGACAUCCGGCCAGAAAUCCAUGAACACCACCGCAUAAAUAGAGAGGGAAAGAAGGAGCAGCUCUGCGUGUGGAUUGGACAAUGCGCCCCAGGAGGACAGAGCUGAGGCUGUCUUGGUGACCCGUGGGUGCCUUUGGCUCCCCAGCUCAGGAUGUGCACAGGGCUCAGGUAAUAGAGGAUGAGUGAAUGAAUUAACAAAUGAGAGAAAGAGAGGGAAUGAUGAAGGAAGCCACAACCUUGGGUGGC